GUGACAGGCGACAAGGCGGAAGUUGAGCAUUUUCUAGUCAAAAACAAAACAUCCGGAGCAAUCGAUCCGAGUUAUUCCAUUUUCAGCGGCUAACAGCUGUAUGUCCUGGAUUGGAUUCGCAGGUUAUCUCGCAUUAUCCCACAGUUUUAUCCGGGCUUUGGCAAGAUGCUGAACGCCGCCGCCGCGGAGAGGAAUAAGGAGCCUAUCCUGGCUGUGUUGCUGGGCUGCGUGAACACCGACAGGCGGCUGCAAGCGCUGGAGAUCUCCUCCGGUACCGGACAGCACGUCGUACACUUCGCUAGGGUUCUCCACAACAUCACUUGGCAGCCGUCAGAGUACGACCACCGAUCUUUGGCCAGUAUAGAAGCCUAUAGAGCUCACCAUCAGCUGAACAAUGUGAAGCCUGCCAUCCACCUGGAUGCUUCUCUGUCCCAUCAUCACUGGGGAGGGAUCCAGCCGGAGAGCCUGGAUCUGGUGCUCAACAUUAACAUGAUGCACAUCUCUCCCAUGGCUUGUACGGAGGGUUUAUUCAAAGGGGCCGGGGUGGUGCUGAAGCCCCAAGCGCUACUCCUGACAUAUGGGCCCUAUGCUAUAAAUGGUGACAUCACACCACAAAGCAAUGUUGAGUUUGACAUAAGCCUACGGCAGAGGAACCCGGAGUGGGGACUCAGGGAUAUCGCCCUCCUUAAAUCGCUUGCAGAAAUAAAUGGCUUAUUCCUGGAGAAAAUUGUGGACAUGCCGGCAAACAACAAAUGCCUGCUUUUCAGGAAGGAGAGCUUGGUGUGAAGGUUCGUUGCUUUGCGGACGGUAAAAAGCGCCUUAAAUUAACACAAAAGCACGCGAGACAUGUUGCCAAAUUCACACAUUAGAAUGAAUACACGGCCGGAAUGAAUGUAUAUUGCUGCACAUCAGUAAAAGCAACUUCUUGCUUCAUCUCGAUUUAUUGUCUUUGCUUCUGUACUGCUAUUCCUAUUCUAUUUAUAAUUGUGUUUGCAGAAAAAAAAGAUAUUUAUAAGUUGCACAUGAGACCUUUUUGCAUAUACAUAUAAAACACUAUUAAUAAAAAUAAAAAAACAAUAGACACAACUUACGUUUUGCUAAGCAACACAAGUUAAGACUAAUGUGACUGCUAUACAUUCCUGGGAGGGAAAAAUAUACACAAUUCACAUCCUUUUCAUUAUUGAAAAAGUAUUUUUAACAUCAGAAGACAUAACACAUCUGGAAUGUAGUACAGUAGAUCCCUCGGUUCUGGACCCCACCCAUGAAAUUCUGCGAGUAAUUGAUACGGCCUCCAAACGCCACAUUCGGUUUUAAGCCCUAAAUAUGCCCGGCACGCUGAAGAACCACUUUAUAAAGUAUACAACUAAUGAAUGAUAAUAGUCAGUCAUAAUAGUUUAUAGUCAGAAUGUUAUUUAUAAUACUUUUAACUACGGUGGGUUGAAGGACCACUGAACAAAGCGCGACAUCUCAGUGGUUUCAGCGAAGCAUAAAGAUAUAAACAUGUUUUUAAAAAUGGGGGCUGGUAGAUGUAUAUUUUACAUUUGAACUGUAUGGGUGAAAAACUACCUUUUUUUUUUUUUUUUACCAAAAAUCUUCAAAUUUUGAGCAUCGCAAACGCUUAAAUGCAACUUUUCCUUAGCAGCACUCAACUAUGAUGUGUUCAAGGACAGCUUAACAAUGUGCGACGUUGCAACGCUUGGAGAAAAAGCAUUAUCAGUGAAGCAUAAAUACAUCAAAUGUUUUUUUAAAAAAAUGUGGGCUGGCACAUGUAUGCUGUAUGUUUUUACCUGUAUUAUCACGUAUAUUUUCAAAAUAUUUAUGACUUAUAGUGAAUUGUGUAUUUUGUGGAAAACUAUUUUCAGACACAACAUUUAAUUUUUUGGACAAAAAUUGAAUCCCAACCCUUGCUUAGCAUCACAUAACAACGGUGUGUUCAAGGACCGCCAAACAAAGUGCGACAUCUCACUGCU